UGAUCCAGAUGCAGAUAAAUUAAAGCCUGUGUCAGCAAAGGAGGGAGAAUCUGUCACUCUAAAUACUGAUUUUAAAGUACAGAAAGAUGAUCUGAUGCUGUGGAAGUUUGGACGAGCCACAGUCGGAUGCAAAUAUAAUCCACUUCAUCAUGUCCCGUGUCAAAGUGAUGUGACUGCCAUCGCUAAAAUUGAUGGAGAAACCCUUGAGGUCUCAUCAGAUACUGGUUACAGUGAGAUGUUUAAUAAUAGACUGAAAAUGGACAAACUGACCGGAUCUCUUACCAUCACAAACAUCAGACCUGAACACUCUGGGUUUUAUAUACUACAGAUUAGUAACAACACUGGGACCAAAUACAGGAGAUUCAACGUUACUGUUAGUGCCGUCACGAAAUCCCACUCGCAUGUAGUUUGGAUGUCAAUCGCUAUAGUGCUUUUGUUGAUGGUGGCGGUUUGGUGUUUGGCUACGGGCUUUAAAAACUGGCGCAACAGGAACUUUUUGUUCGGGAAACUGAGGUCAUAUAACUGCUGUCAAUUUACGGGGGCGCAGGAACCGGAAUCAAUGCCAAAAUCAGUGAUAGAGGGAGAGCCUGUCACUCUCAACACUGAUCGUACUGAACUACAGAGAGAUGAUGUGAUAGAGUGGAAGUUUGGAGGCAGCGUCAUAGCAAAAAUCAGCAGAGCAGCCAAUAAGAUCUGUCAGAAGACUUAUGAUGGUGCUGAUGAGAGGUUCAGAAACAGACUGGAGCUGGACUGUAAGACUGGAUCUCUAACUAUCACAAACACCAGAACCACAGAUUCUGGAGAUUAUCAACUACAGAUUGCCACCAAUGGAAAAGUGGAACUAUACCGAAAAUUCAAUGUUUCUGUCUUAGAUUCCAGUCAAAACAUACCUAAAGAGUCAGUUGAGUCUCCUUUGAUGAGUGAAGAGAGAUGCAGCAGCUCCAAUAUGGAGUUGGAGUUGGUUUGUCUCGAGUCCCUCAUCAGUACCGUGAAUCACUGCCGUCGUUUAGUUUGGAUGCGGUCAGAAGAGGCGUUAAAAUGCGGAACCAUUCUCUCCUUUUGUGGGUUUUUAUUAUUCGUGGACGGUGUGUUUGGUGCUGCUGAAGUGUCAGUGUCAGUAUCAGUGAUGAAGGGAGAUUCAGUCACUUUACACACUACUGUUUCUGAACUACAGAGCGAUGAUAUAAUAGAGUGGAUGCGUGAAGAUAAUGUCAUCAUAGCUGAAGUUAAAAACAACAAAUAUGAAAUUAAAAACAACAACCCAACAAAUGAUGUUCCUGAUAGGAGUUUCGAAGGCAGACUGGAGCUGGACCAUAAAACUGGAUCUCUCACCAUCAAAAACAUCACAUCUCAACAUGAAGGAAUUUAUAUACUAGACAUCGGGGGUAGACAUCUAAUAUCCAAGAAUUUCAGUGUUACUGUUCAUGAUGAUGUGGAGUCACUGUCAGUGAUGGAGGGAGAUUCUGUCACUCUACACACUGGUGUUACUAAAAUACAGAGAGAUGAUGUGAUACGGUGGUUUGGAGAUCAAGGCACCCUCAUUGCUGUGUUAACCUGUUAA